GAGCCCCCGCGGGCCGCUAGGCCAGGGCCAGGGCGUGGUGCUGUACCUGUGUCCUGAGGCGCAGUGCGGACAAACCUUUGCCAAGAAGCACCAGCUGAAGGUGCACCUGCUGACGCACAGCAGCAGCCAGGGCCAGCGGCCCUUCAAGUGCCCCCUGGGCGGUUGCGGCUGGACUUUCACCACCUCGUACAAGCUCAAGAGGCACCUGCAGUCACACGACAAACUGAGGCCCUUUGGCUGCCCGGCAGAGGGCUGUGGCAAGAGCUUCACCACGGUGUAUAACCUCAAAGCACACAUGAAGGGCCAUGAGCAGGAGAACUCAUUCAAAUGCGAGGUGUGUGAGGAGACCUUCCCCACGCAGGCCAAACUCAGCGCCCACCAGCGCAGCCACUUCGAGCCUGAGAGACCCUACCAGUGCGCGUUUUCGGGCUGCAAGAAGACGUUUAUCACAGUGAGUGCCCUGUUUUCCCAUAACCGCGCCCACUUCAGGGAACAAGAACUCUUUUCCUGCUCUUUUCCUGGCUGCAGCAAACAGUACGACAAGGCUUGUAGGUUGAAAAUUCACCUUCGGAGCCACACUGGUGAGAGACCGUUCCUUUGUGACUUUGAGGGCUGCGGCUGGAACUUCACCAGCAUGUCCAAACUCCUAAGGCACAAAAGGAAGCACGACGAUGACCGGAGGUUCAUGUGUCCUGUAGAAGGCUGUGGGAAAUCGUUCACGAGGGCCGAACAUCUGAAAGGCCACAGCAUAACCCACCUGGGCACAAAGCCUUUUGUGUGCCCCGUGGAAGGCUGCUGUGCCAGGUUCUCUGCUCGCAGUAGUCUCUACAUUCACUCCAAGAAACACUUGCAGGAUGUGGACACUGGGAAAAGCCGAUGCCCAGUCUCCACUUGUAAUAAACUCUUCACAUCCAAGCACAGCAUGAAGACCCACAUGGCCAAAAGGCACAACCUGCGCCAGGAUCUCUUAGCUCAGCUAGAAGCUGCAAAUUCUCUUACGCCCAGCAGUGAACUUACCAGCCAGGGGCAGAAUGACCUCAGUGAUGCAGAGCUUGUGUCUCUCUUCUCUGGUGUGCCCGGUAAUAGUUCUGCUGCAGUAUUGGACACCGCAUUGGUGAACUCUGGGAUCUUGACUAUUGAUGUGGCUUCUGUGAACUCAACUCUGGCAGGGAAGCUCCCUGCUAAUAAUAAUAAUAAUUCCUUAGGGCAGGCGGUGGACCCUCAGGCCUUGAUGGCCACCAGUGACCUUCCUCAAAGUCUGGAUACCUCACUCUUCUUUGGAACGACAGCCGCUGGUUUUCAGCAGAGUCCCUUAGAUACGGAUGAUGUCUCAAGUCUAAGUGCGGGGCCGUUGGGAUCUCUGAGCUCUUUGGCUAUGAAAACCUCGAGUCAAGAGCCCCAAGCUUUGACCCCCAGCAGUAAGCUAACAGUAGACACAGAUGCUCUGACUCCUUCGAGCACCCUUUGUGAAAACAGUGUCUCGGAACUACUGCCGCCAACCAAAACGGAAUGGAAUGUACAUCCUGACUCUGACUUCUUUGGACAGGAGGAAGAAACCCAGUUUGCAUUCUCCAAUCCAGCAGGAAACCAUGGGUCUCAGAAAGAAACAGAUCUUAUCACAGUGACUGGCAGCUCAUUUUUGGUAUGAACUAAACUCUAUUCAUUCCUUGCCACAUGGCUUACUUUUAUUGAUGACACUCAAGUUUAAGAGUAUUCUGGACUAAAUGUUUAAAUGCAGUCAUUUCUUAUAGGUUUGAAAAAGGACAGAACCCUGGGCUACAAGUUUGGAGAUUUAAAUUCUGAUCUUGAGUCUGGAACUGACAGGUUGUGUGACCCUGAGCAAGUCACUUAUCCUAUCUGAGCCUUAAUUUCCUUAUUUAUAAAAUGAGGUGGUUUGAAUAGAUUGUUUCUAAGGUCAUUUCAGCUCUAUUUUCAUCAUUUUGUGCUCUUUCUUGAAAAUUUUAAAUCCUUUUACGAUGAUUAACAAUUGUCUGUGCUCCUAAUGUAAUGAGAAAUGCAUUGAGAGUUAAUGAUCUGAGAAGAUGAAACUUUUGUUUAACUUUAAAAAUUUAAUGGACAUUUUACACAGUGCUAAAAUAUUUCUAAAAUCUUGUGGUGAGCUUAAAAAAGAAGAAAGCUGAAAAUCUGGGUUGGUUCUUUUUACCUGUUUAUCUUUGUAGACUUUUUUUUUUUUUGAUGGAAGGCUGUGUUGGGGAAAGUUCCAGGAAUUUGAUGAGACUCAGACUCAGAAAUACUGACUUUGUGGUGUUGAAUAAGUGGCCUUAUUAAGUCAUUUCCUCUCACUAACCCUCAGUUCCCUAGGUGUAAAGCUGUCAUUGUGAUUUACACAUACCUGAUGCAUUUUAGACUUCUUCUAUCCUAGUAGUUAUGUAUGGAGGGAAAAAUGUUUUGUAUUUUGCCAUGUUUUAGUGAAUUUGUACACUUUUCCUGCCCCUCUUAUUCCCUUCCUCAAAGAAAUUAUCAUAGUUUAACACCAUGCUCGUGUGCAGGCAGUAAUGCUUUAUGCCGGUUAAGAAACAGAAAAGGGAAUCUCUUUCUUCCACCGAUUAAGGAUUUUUCUCCACACUAUUCUGUGACUUUGCCAACCUGUCCAUUAGACCUGGACAGUGUCUUUACUCUUGUAUUCAAAGCCAUCCUAUAGAGUGACCGGAGAGCCUGUGGUUCCAAGGAAAUCUGGGAAUAGGCCAGAGUAAGGUUUUUCUCCCCCCUGUGCCCUGGAGAGCUCAUUGUUUGCCUUCUCCCAGAGUUUGAAUGAGAGUUUUACUUUGCAUUUUGAGUAAAUAUAGUCUGUCUUACUUGAGUAUAGCAUUUUACAGUUUAUGUAGCACUUUCACAACUGUUAUAUUUGUUCCUCACAAUAUUUUGAGAUAGUUAUGGCAAAAUUUCAACUAUAAGACAUAUUAAAAUGUACCUAACUCUUCUUAAUAACUCUUAAUUGUGUGUGUGUGUGUGUGUGUGUGUGUGUAUGCCCAUCAACUUUCAUUCUACUCUUCUGAGUUUCAUGAUGACUUUUGUUUAUAACCACUUGUUCCAUUCCACAUUAAUAUAUGUCUCUUACCUUCUGCCAGCUCUGCUCCCUCUCCAACCUAUUCUCUAGCAUGUCCACUCCAUUCCUUGCCAUGAUCUCUCUUUUUUUUUAAAUUAGGUAAGUCUUUUUCAUGGUCACCAUCUCUCAGCCAUUCAGGACAUGGCCCAUUUUUCAGUCCCAAUAUUUACUGCAAGUCUGAGUGUGCAUUAAGAAAUUAUUUUCAGGAUUUAGAGGUCAGUGUGUUUAUAUAUGAAUCAAAUAAUAAUGGAAAUAUUUUAUAUAAGGUUUUAUGAGACAUGUAGUUCUUCUAUUCUUCUAAAAUUUUUCAACAUGUAGUUCUGCUAGUAAACACUAUUAGUUGCUGUGAAACAUUCUAAUCCAGUACUGUUUGUAUAUACAUUUGUCGAUAACAAUUAUAGCACUUUGGCAGUGCACUUUAUAAUUUGCCAUUUUGAAAUGCAUCUGUACUGUCUAAUUUUUAAAUUGGUUGUACUCAUUCAGUGAAAAAGCAAAAAGUAUACAUAAAUUUGUAAUCCAAAGAAAUGGUCAGAGUGUGAUUGUUUGUAACCAUUUAACAGUUCUCCCUCAGCACUUUGGAAGGAUUUUUAAGCCAAUUUUAGAAAUGUGUUGUCAUUAGUUAAGUCCUCUUAAAUAAGUUAUUCUUCUUUUCCUACAGAUAGGAAUGCAGAAAUCCCAGGUGAACAUGCAGGUCUUAAGCAUCUGUUAAUAUAUAUAACCAUAAAAAUAUUUUAAAAUCCUGUCAUUUUGUUUCUUCAGUCCCUCAUUAAAAACAAUCAUAAAAUAUGCUUUUGUUCUAUUCUGUGGAAUUGUCAAAGGAC